AUGACUGUAGCAAUGGAUAAUUCAUUCCGUGGCUGGUCCUCGAAUGCUAACACUGGGGCCUUGUGCCUGGAGGACAAGUUUGAAGUCAUCAAAGAUAUUGGCGACGGUAGUUUCGGAAGUGUCGUCCUCGCAAGGACAAGGAGCGCUGGCGCUCAUCUCGUACGAAGAAACACUUUGGUUGCUGUCAAGACCAUGAAGAAGACCUUCGAAUCCUUCUCACAAUGUAUGGACCUCAGAGAGGUCAUCUUUCUCAAGUCGAUACCAGCUCACCCGCAUCUUGUACCGGCUUAUGAUAUCUUCCUCGACCCACUCAGCAAGAAGUUGCACAUUGCCAUGGAGAACAUGGAUGGCAACCUUUAUCAAUUGAUGAAGACCCGCGAUCACAAGCCCUUCGACGGUACUGUUGUUAAAAGCAUCUUGUUCCAGAUUCUUGGUGGCUUGGAACACAUCCAUGAGCACGGCUUCUUUCAUCGCGACAUCAAGCCGGAAAACAUCCUCGUCUCUUCCUCAGCACCUGACACACAAAGCGCCUUCAAGCGAUACUCAUCAUUGGUAACACCCCCUUCGACACCUCCAACAUACACAAUCAAACUUGCCGAUUUCGGACUGGCAAGAGAAACCCACUCCAUGGUCCCUUACACGACAUAUGUCUCGACUAGAUGGUAUCGUGCGCCUGAAGUACUCCUAAGGGCCGGUCAGUACUCAGCACCUGUAGACAUUUGGGCUUUUGGUGCCAUGGCUGUCGAGAUUGCAACCUUGAAGCCUCUGUUCCCAGGUGGUAACGAGGUUGACCAAGUCUGGAGAGUCUGCGAGAUCAUGGGUAGCCCUGGUCUCUGGGUCAACAAGCAUGGUCAAAAGCUGGGAGGUGGUGAGUGGAAGGAUGGUGUGCGCCUGGCCGGCAAGCUCGGGUUCUCCUUCCCGAAGAUGGCUCCUCAUCCAAUGGAGACUAUUCUACAAGCGCCUCAAUGGUCCGCAAGCUUCGCGCGUUUCAUCACUUGGUGUUUAAUGUGGGAUCCGAACGUUCGACCAACUUCGACACAAGCCCUUCAACAUGAGUACUUCGCCGAUGCUGUCGAUCCUGUAAGACCCAAGUCGUCCAACACCGCCAAGUUCCUCCGCAGCAAGAGCUCUACCUUGGGCAGCAUCGAGAACUCGCCAGAAUCUAACCAAGGCAGUAUCUCACUCAAGAAAUCUUCAUGGUUCAGAAAGUCCAUCAGUACCACCGACUUCACACCACCUUCUGACCAGCCCCCUCAAGGGCCUACUUCACAUCCGUCCCCUGUGAACGCCAGAGGAGUGGAAGGUACAGGUUCGGUCAAACUUCGCCCCCCUUUCGCCAAGAGAGCGACAUGGAACAGUGCAGUGCCGAUACCUAUUUUGCCAUCGAUUAAACCAGCAUCACCAAUUCAUGAUGCUGUCAAUGCAUGUGCUAAGACCGAAGCGGUAGAAAAGAAGAAGGUCUCAAGACAGCUAUCUGUGAAUUCGCAUGGCAACCAUUACGCAGAGUACCACCGCCAGGAAGCCGAGAAGGCACUCAAUGGCUUGAGCGGCCUUACUUCACCUACUGGAAGUAUCAGGGAGAGCUUCUUUUCGCAUCUUCGCAAACGGGCUCGUAGAUUCUCCGGUCGCAACCAGCUGCCGGGAUCUCCAGGACCUGAGGAGCCCGAGUCAACAAGUGUGGGCUGUACUCCAUGGGCAUCAAGCAACCGUUCAUCGCUGUCUGCAGAACCACCUGCCCGCGAUUCCGCUACCGACACAGGAUUUUCCGAACUCGACAAGGCUUUGGAAAGCGUUCGCUCUAGCCUCGACGCUCGCGGUUCAAACGCGCCAGCGAGACAAGUACAGCGCAUGUCAAGCACACCUAUCCUUAAGCGUCAUCAUUCGCUGUCCACUGUCGCAGACGGACGCACCUCGCCUGCACUUUCUGUCAACGCACAGACUACCAGCCGAACACGGCGGUCUGUAAGGCAAUCGCUAAAUCCUCGUCUAAGAUACGAAACCCCUGAUGAAGAGGAGGAACUGCUUGACGAGGCAUUGACCAACGCGCGUCGGGCAGCAAGACACCUUGAGAAGCCUACGCCUACCCCAGCUAAGCCGUCCUCGGGCAAAGAGAACACCAGGCCUCCAAUCACACACGUGACCUCGGAUCCCGGCUAUUCAGCUCCCUACUUGACACCCUCUCCAUCCAAAGACAAUAACAUUGGAUUUGGACAAACGGACAUGACGCCAACAAAGUCCAUGGUCAUCACGCCACGGAGGCAACGCGAUAGCCUGAAUCCUCAAUGGCCCACACCUCCAUAUGACGACCAUGAGUGGGCUUCCUCGGCUGCAGCAUCGAUCCUCGCCGUGCAGACUGAAACUAAGUACAAAUGA